GUUUUUGGUGCCAGUAAAAUUAGCCAAAAAAUUAGAAUUGUGUCUGUUUUUGUUGAAUUUCUUCUAAAACAUUCAAAAUAAGUUCAAAAUGAUGGGCAGGAAUGCCGCUGGCGGCCCCACAACUAGCUGCCCAAAAACGCCGGCUCUCGUCAACAACUUCCGCCGGAUGCCCAUGUCCAUCCUCGAGACGCCGGCCCUCAUCAAGCGGCCAUCCGGUGACCAAAUCAAAACCGCCGUGGUUGGUCCAUCUCCGGCAGCCACCCGUCCGUUCUGGAUGUUUUCGGAGGGUCCGAAAGCGAAACCAGGAGUACAGUUCGGUUCGGUGAGAGGAACCACUUCCGGUUGGAAUAUUUCUGCUGCAGACAGCAGCAGCUUUGUCGGUGGUGCGCGGAAGGAGAAUGUCGUACGAAAUGUGGAAGAGAGACCGGCCAAGAGGGUGUGUUUUGAGCCACUUCCGCUGCAACCCCAGCAGAGCAAGGCCAAAUGGGUGCCGAAAGCUGUUCCGGCACAAACUGUUGGUCAGAGCAAGGGGGAGGGUCUUAAGCAGAAGUCGAAACCGGAUCCGAAGAAGCUUCGAAUCAUAACCGGUUCCGUUGAGCACAUCCUGAAACUUUCCCGGUCCGCUCCGGAGGAAGCUCCGCUGGUGGAGUUGUUCGCCAACAUUCUGAGUAUCCGGAAGGGCGCGCACGACUGCGAACGGGUUCUGCUGCUGCGGAACAAGAGCGGUCCGGUGCUGCAGGGCGUGUUCUUCGAGAUUGACUUCCGGAUGCCGGUGGUGGGUGCGGGGGAUUGUGUGCGCUGCGUUGGUCGACUGACCGGCGGAAGUCGGCUGCAGAUUCUGAAGAUAACGGCCGCUUCGGACGAGGACGAGCUGAUGGGACUGCGCCUGCAGAAGGUGAGUGGAUUCGCGGCGGAGUGCAAGCGAUGAACACAAGGUAGGAGAAUCUUUUUUGUUCUUGUAUUCUA